AUGCCGCUCCUCCACCUCUCGCUUCGGCCGCACCGCCUCCUCGUCGGCCGCCGCCGGCUAUACGCCCCGCCGACGCCUCCGCCCUCUCGCAUCUCCAUAAGGGCGGCAGCGUCGAUAUCAGGGGUCGCGGAGGAUGCAUGCGAUCUCCCCUUCCCUCCGGAGCUCGCUGCCCACCAUCGGGAGCUCGCUGCGGCAGCCGCCUCCGUCGAGCGCGCCUGCCGCCUCUGCGUAGACGUGAAGAGAUCGCUUCUUUCAGGUGGAAGGAAGAUUCUUGAAAAGAAUGACCAAAGUCCUGUGACAAUUGCAGAUUUUGGAGUUCAGGCCCUCAUCAGUUUCGAGCUCCAGCAACUAUUUCCAUCAAUACCUCUGGUGGCAGAAGAGGACUCGACAUUUCUGAAGUCAUUUAAUCCUGAUGAUAACAGUGGUAAUGUACUCAUUGAGUCAAUUUCAAGUGCUGUCACGGACAAAGUUAAUAACAGUGGUUCACCUUUAACUCAUGAUGAUGUGUUGAGAGCUAUUGACAGAGGAGGCAAGGAUGCUGUCUCAUUUGAUUCAAAUCCUGCUACUUAUUGGGUACUUGAUCCAAUUGAUGGCACUAAAGGUUUCUUGAAAGGAGAUGAUGCUCUGUAUGUGGUGGGGUUGGCUCUUGUGGUGAAUGGUAAGGUAGAACUUGGAGUAAUGGGGUGCCCAAAUUGGACCAAUGGAACCACAGCCAACAAGCAAGAAGAAAGUUUUGAUCACUGCAAUGGCCAUGGCAUUCUUAUGGUAUCUCAUGCGGGAUGUGGUACUUGGUCUAGGCUCCUGUCUCCUGAGAUUGGCCAGUUCAUAACAACACAGGAUGUUUGGAAGAGAUGCUUUGUUGAUACCUGCUCAGUUGUACACAUGGCACGCUUCUGCAUUCCUGAUAGCCAGACUUGGAAUAUGAUACCAUUAUCUCUCCUCUUUGGCUCAACAGCUGAUGAAUCUGAUCCUAAAGAUGAGAAUAAAAUCCUUCUCCAAUACGCUUGCUGUGGCAGCUUGUGCAAGUACAUAAUGGUAGCAUCUGGGAGAGCCACGGUAUUUUUCAAUCGAGCUCGGGUGAAUACUCAAAUCAAGGCUUGGGAUCAUGUUGUCGGCGUAAUCUGUGUGCAGGAAGCUGGUGGUCAGAUCAGUGACUGGAGUGGGAAACCGUUGGAUCUUGCAGCUGACCUGACAGGCCGUAGAAUCAUCUACCCUUCGGGCGGUGUUCUCGUGACAAAUGGCUCUCUGCAUGACAAGCUUGUCGACCUGAUCUCAGCAGACCACAAAUAGCGGGAUGUUGCACGGCUUCAAACACGAGCACGAUUUUGAUUUGCUCCUAACAUUUAACCUCGUUGGCCAUCAAAUUAUUUUCGCCUUGCCUUAUUCAGACUACUCUCAAUGCAAUUACUUCCUCCAUCUCA